GACACCACGCGAUGGCAGCUGUUGCACCUGUUGUUUAUCAACGUAAUUCUUAUUCUCUCUCCGUUUUCAUCAUCUGUACAACUCUAAGGACGCUGAUAUUUUGAACAGACGUUCAUUUUUGAGUGCGUGAAUAUGUGACGCGUUAUUGUAAAACCUUUUUUUGUCGCUAACAUCUCCGGUGCAGUAGGAGUACACGUAUUCGUAACAGGCACAAGAUGAACCUGCCACACUUUCGUCGAAAAAGAAUUUUGGCAUACCUGGUCGCGGCAGGCCUUCUGCUGGUCACUCUCAACUACAUCCUCAAGUCAGAAGAAGCCAAUGGCUGUGGCCGAACAUCUGAAACUGGACCAUGCCUCCUGUCACUUUUUCCAAAGGUGUUGGACUCGCUCACAGCCCAGGGUGUCUCGAGUUACUUGUGCUAUUAUGCCCUCUGGGGUGCGUUGAAAGACCAGCAGCCAUUGCCUUGGACCAACAAGGUCGAGCUUUGUCUCCGUAACGAAGAGCUCUCUGACCUCGACGAAGGCCAACUGUUGAAGUCGUUUCGUAGAUACGGCGUAAACGCCUAUUAUGACUCGGCGAACGGGCUCUACAGAGCGAAACUCAAGGACGGAAGCAGCGCCUGUGAGGUGUACCUGUACGUCUUUGAGGAAGACAAAAUCGUUCACCGCGUGCGUAGAGUCGGCUGGAAAAACAGACUGCUGCCGCCCGAUUCAUGUGACACAUUGCAUUGCUUUCCAGUGUCCCUGCUGACACCCCCGCUCAAAGAGACAACGUUCCUGGGAGCCACGGUGAAUGUUCCACAUGAUGGCAUCGAAGUGCUCAAGUACAUGUUCCCCGACUCGUGGUGGAAAGGCGAGGUGCCACCAAAGUGUGACUAAAUGUCGCCGUGAAACAUGAUAGAAUACCCCUUCUGGUACUUUUUUGCCUUUCAGUUUUGUGGAUAUUACACUUAUAGUGACUAAUCGGAUCGUUCAUGAUUACCCAAGGUAGUUUUGGAAUAUUUCUCCAGAAUGCAAAAACAUUAUCUGAUGUCAGGCCUGUUGAAUUGAAAUGUCCCUUGCCACUAAUCAUCAUUUUCUGAGCCAGUAGCUAAAAAGCUUUGAGAUGCUUUAGGUGCUUCGUGUUUCUUUUUAAUUGAUGACAAUAUUAAUGAUUUUUAUUGGGUGCACAGAGCAGUUUGAAUGUGACAUCUGUGGAACCGCAGCUCCUGUCAUUGCCUUUCCACACCCUUUAUGAAAGUAGAAAUUGCUGUGUAGACAUACGUUUAUGAGCACAUUGACUAGGAGCAUUUUCUUGUGUGUGUGCAUUAUAUAUUGUUUAAGCUUUUUCAUCACUGGCAGCAUUCCCUUUCUGCUCUCCUUUCUUUGAGUAUGAUGGAAAUUUGCCCAUACAUUCACUACGACCUCAUCUAGUCACUUCAUAUUCAUACAUAACAGAAUGUUGUCUUAAUAGUUGUAAUCAUGUUUGCCGUUGUUGCAGUUAAAAUCUUUGUGAGGGCACUUUUCUAAUGCCUUUCUAAGAAGUCACUGUGUUUUGAUAGAGCUUAUCAUUCAGCAUUUUCUUAGUUUUGUGGUUAUGGCUUUCCCACUUUUCAGCCACCAAAUCAUAAAAAAUAUUCCAUAUAUUGCAGCAUAAUCUGUAGUGCGUUUAGCUCAGCUAACACAAGAGCCAUUAGUUGGGUUAUUCAUUACAGUCAAACAUUACUACAUACCUCAAUUGUUCAGGUAUAUUACAUCCUGAACGUCUCUUAUGCUCCCACCAUGCAGUCAUUUAUUAUUCCCUGUAGGCAUGUAUGUGCCCUGAAUAGUUACCCAAUUUUACUUGUUUUUAUUCUUUUUUACAUUACCAUUGUGAUGCUGUUCUUUUACAGUUGUACUUAGUAGUUAAGUUGCCUACAUACAAAAUUUUGCAAAAAAAUGGAUCAUACUGCUGUGCUUAUAUCAGAAGAAUUUAUCCAUGGCUUCAGUCUGUGUUAUCCAAGCUGUGAUUCUUGGAGAAGUGACACGUUUUGUACAUAACUAAUAUCCUGAUAAGUUUGACAUGUUCUGCAAGUAAUAUAAGCUUAUGCCUCACAUGCAUAUCUAGUAGAUAGCCCAAACCUAGUCUUUCAUUUACCUGUCAUUGUAUAGUCAUGUUUGUACCUGUUUGUGACUAAGUCGUGUAUACCCAGUUUUUUCAUUCUGUAUUUUGAGUGUUACAACAAUUUAAAUUAUCUUGCUUCAAACUAAGUGUUCUCACGAUUUGAGGCACAUGUGUUUUAGAGCUGCUAACUUGUGUGGCGUGUGCUGGGUGCGGCAUGGAAUUUUCCUAUAUAUACUGCAUUCAAUUUUAGGCUUUCUCAAUCAACCUUGUAUCAUUAACUUGUGGUCAUACAUGAUUAUCCCCCAUAAAAGAGAAGCUGGCUGUCAGUUACGUCAACUGAACCUUUGCACUGCAACAAAUGGUUACAAUUUUCUCUUAAAAUUAUUAGUUGAAUGUAGUGAAGCUGUGACAUUUGGCAAUUAUAUGUCGAGUAAGCUGCAAUUGUCAUUGAUUCCUUAAAGUGGCUGCACUGUUGUGCAAGUCCUUAUAUUUUUAAAGCAUGCUGUCAGUUUUAUAUAGCUAUACUUGGGCUGUGGUAAAACAUGCACCAUGGUUGUGAAGCCCUAGGAGGAACUACCUAUAUGUAUACAUAGACUUCAGCCUUGUACAGUCAUUGUAAGAUUGAAACCCAGCACUGUUGCAAGAUGGCAAUUUUGUAGGGGUGUGCGAAUAUUCGAAAUUUCGAAUAAUUUUCGAAUAGUGUUUGCUAUUCGAUUCGAUUCGCACUGAAAUUUUACUAUUCGAACUAUUCGAACUUCCCAAAGACAAAUGCAGUGAACGUACGAUUGACAGUGACCCCUUCAGAUUUUUAGUAUGCUUCACCUCAUUACACCCUCGUAUUGCGGCAAAGCUGCCUUUCAAGCUCCGUUACGGUUGAACUUAGCCAAGGGACAAAGUCCGGUUCGAAACGGUCCCUAGAUUUUUAAUAUGCUUUACCUCAUCACACCCCAGUAUUGCGGCAAAGCUGCCUUUCAAGCUCCGUUACGGUCGAACUUGGACAAGAGACAGUCAACGUCCGUUUGGAAGUGGUCCCUAGAUUUUCAAUAUGCUUCACCUCAUCACACCCCCGUAUUGAGGCAAAGCUGCCUUUCACGCUCCGCUACGGUCGCAAAUGUAUUAACUCACGAAAACGCUGGUUCCAAUAUGGAGAUGAAAGAUUUGGCAGAGUUGGGGACUCAAUUAAUGCUGUUUUGGACCUGAAAUUUGGGCAGGAAGUCCGAAAAAUCGGACGCCAAAGCUUUUUAGCAUCCAAAAUUUCAGAUGAUCUUAUAUAUCGACGUCUACGAGGCAGAUUUGGAACUCCGGACUUGAAGGGAGCACACCCUUGUCCGCCACAUCAGUUGGCCUUCCACAGCAGUUGAAGGAGGAGGAGAGGCUGAGGAAAUGGCAUCUUUGCCUAUCACGUGUAAAGUGUUGUCGGCAACACUUUGGUUGCACCAAAUCGUGUACAUAAAUACAAUUCGGCCUCUACAUUGCCUCACUCUUGAUAAGAAAGACAACUAUGAAAUAUGACCCCACCAGCACUUCAUCAACCUAGCGAAAAAAAACACUUUGAUGUUGCGAUCUCACAAGAACAUACUUAGGGAUUCUCUGCAACUUUUUCUGUAAUUUCACUUCGAAUUAUUCGAAAAAUGUUUGAGAAGUAUUCGAAAAUUAUUCGAAAUUAUUCGAUUCGAUUCGCACUCAAUCUUUAUUAUUCGAAUUCGUUUCGCACCCAAAAUUUUGCUAUUCGCACAGCUCUACAAUUUUGUCCAAGUGUAAUUUUCGUUCAUACACUCAUACAAAAUCUUACAAAAUUGCACCACUAUUAAGAAGUGUAAGUACAUCAAGCAAGUAGUCCGGGAAAAAAGGUGUACACUUACUUGCAAUUCAGAUCUGUGGAUGACUGGAGGUUUCUAGUUUUGCAAACCAGUACCUUGUGUGCACAAGAGUAACGUGUCGUUCCUGUUGGCACACAAAUUUAUUCUUUAUUGACAAUUGUUACCUGCAUUCCUUUGUGUCAUUAAUACUUGUGAAAAGCACCUCGCUUUAUGUUUAGAAUCACACUUUGAAUGUAAUGCAUUUUGCUUUCUUCUGUUUCAAUUUGCUUCUUCAGAGUGCACAAACUUGGCCACUGGGCAACUAGGCUUUGCAGGAAAGCUAAGCAGGUGGGAGUCGACCUUUCCGAUUGGCACUAAUGUCUUGAGUGUGUACAUGGAAGGAAGUACACGAGGCUCGAAGAAGCUCGAGUCUCUACCGUGACGUGCGCCAGCAGCUGGUAUUCAGAAACGCACUUGCCACGGCAACUGCCCAUAUUACAAGAGCUAAUGAUGGCAGAGUGCCAUGCAUGUCACAGUUUUGUUAGAAUUUCUAUUAUCAGGAUUUGCUCCACAGGUUAGUGCAUCACUGUAACAGAUUGCAGAUGCACAACAUCAUGAAAUAUGCUUAUGACACAUCCUUGCUUCAAGCAAUUGUGGUGUUGCUUUUAACAAGACGGAAAUUAAGGGUAACAUGGAGGCUUGACAUGAUCAGAAAUCAUCAAACAAGGAGCGUCACUGAUGCAGAUUUGUACACAAUGGGACUUGUCUUUUUCAGUCCUCAAGAAAAGCCCCUUGUCGAAGCAUUGGCUCCAGAGACAUUCCUUGUUUGAUUUCUCAUUACUUUUGUUCUUGUGAUUAAUGAAAAAUGAACCUGCAGCAUUAUAUUUGUGCAAAUAAGCAUCUUCAGUUGAUUGCACUAUGCAUGUAAUAGCAGCUUGAAUGCAGUAUUCAUUGUAAGGUGUGUGGUAUGUGCAUAUAAUGGCCAAGGCAAAAGCUUACUAUUGUUGGUGUUUCUCUGCUACACAAUUUUUACUUAUGUAAACUACCUAUGCUGGCUCAUUGUUCAGGAGGUUAAACUGAAUGAAGUAAUUAAAGCUAUACUUCACUGAA